CAGGCGUAAAAAAGUUCGGUGGCGCUAGCUCCGCCGUUAGUCCUUUUACAAGCACAGAGGGAAGUAACGUUUGGGGGAUUUAAAGAAAAAAAAUCUGGAGACAACGUCAAAGACCUGAAGCGGUACGCCGAGGGCUGCGGGAAACUGUAACUAUCCACUGCAUUUGGAAGAAACUCAACGUGCAGGGAAAUGAUCACGGGUGCGCGGAAGUUUGUGUUUACUGAUGUUGAGGUAGCUAGCUGGUUGGCCCUGUUAGCUUGUUAGCGAGGAAGAUGCGCGCAGUUUGGAGUGGUGGACAGCAACAUUUACAACUAGCCCAACUUAACAGGCGAGUUAGAUAACUGACAUGUUGCUGGUUAUAUUCUAACAUUUAAAAAGAGAGUUUGGCAGAUGUCGCGGCGGCUUGCUGAUUUGGCUAUCAAACUCUUGUAACGUUAGUGCGGGCCACGAGCUUUGAAUCUUGUGGGGUCGUGUCAAACACAAAAGCACUGAUACAUAAAGAGAGAAAACGCACAUUAAGCCACGAUCUUACAGAUCUAGAUAAGCUCAGUGCUAUCAAACAUCCAGGCGUUCCCUUCUUCGCCGCUUCGGAUGACCUAUCUAGUCUAUCGGGGUUGCAAACGUUGGUCUUGCGACCCGUCCUUCUCAUCGGACCUAGUUCAUCGUCUUCGUCCGUGAUGGCCCCCCUGUUCAGCUGGUGAGACGCGUGGAAACAAUCUGCAGCCCUCUAACCAUGGGAGGAUGUGUGGGGAGAUACUGGGAAGGCUGGGAGGACACACAGAGCCGAGGUUCGUCCAGGAACGGUGGACGAGGAGGGCGUAACGAGCCUCUGAAGAAAGAUCGUCCCAAGUGGAAGAGCGACUAUCCGAUGACAGAGGGCCAGCUACGGAGCAAGCGGGACGAGUUCUGGGACACGGCGCCAGCCUUCGAGGGCCGUAAGGAGAUCUGGGACGCCCUGAAAGCCGCGGCUGUGGCCCUGGAGUGUAACGACCACGAGCUGGCCCAGGCUAUAGUGGAUGGAGCCAGUAUCACACUGCCACAUGGUACUCUCGCUGAGUGUUACGACGAACUCGGGAACCGCUACCAGCUGCCUGUCUACUGCCUGGCUCCACCAGUCAACCUUAUCUCAGAGCGCAGCGACGACGACCCCAGCGACAGCCCCGAACCCACUGUAGCGCCCAAGAAGGAAUUCCAGCUCAAGGUCCGGCUCUCCACGGGAAAGGACCUGCGCCUCAGCGCCAGCAUGGCUGACACCAUAGGGCAACUGAAGAAGCAGCUACAGGCCCAGGAUGACAUUGACGCCACCCACCAGCGCUGGUUCUUCUCCGGGAAGCUGCUCACGGACAAGACGCGGCUGCAAGACACUAAGAUCCAGAAGGACUUUGUCAUCCAGGUCAUCGUCAACCCGCAGGCCCUCCAAGCCCCCGACAUCGUCAACCCGCAGGCCCUCCAAGCCCCCAAGCUGUCACCCACCACUGCCUCCUCGCCUGCAUCUGAAUAACUGAGGACACAGAGGAUAGAUGGAGGGAUGGUGCAGUGGGUGGUAGACACUAAAGGACCAGAGGUGCCUCCUAUUGCUGGAUGACAUAGCUCUUUGAGAACAGCUACUGUUAUUGAAAUAAAAUCAGAACGCAGAGUUACAAAACUACUUUGGAGCAAAAACAUGAGGAACUCAAAAGUGCUGCUUUCUUUCAUCUACCAUGUGUCAUUGUAUGUUUUGGGUCUGCUGGGUUGUUCUUCAAGUGAAUCCAGCCACCACACUAACUCGGGAGAUCCUUGUCCCCAUGUCUCUUUGAACCAUCUUGAAGAAAAGCAGAACUCAUCCUGCUGGUGUGCAGCCUUUCAACCACAUACAAAAUGUGCACAUCAAGCUGUACAUGCAGACUCUGCCUCUGCCCUUGUAUCUGCACUAAUGCUAACUAAGUGCCAAUGGAAGAAAUGCAGAGAUGUUCGUGUUGGUUCUAAAGCACAUUUCUACUAUGACGCCCAUGGACUCUGCACUGCAAUUCUUUUCUCCACCACAGAAACUGGAGGGGAAGGCAGAGCGUGAGAUACUGAACUAUAUUUUCUUUUUUCCCUUCUAUCUUUUAUUGAGGAAAUAAUGUAAACUGAGCUUUUUUGCACAUUUGAAGAUUAUUACUAUACUUUUGUGGUAGUUUGUGUGCCUUCUACAAGACGAAACAAAAAAAAGGGUUAAAUGUCCUGAAAGACGCUAGUUUUACCGCUAGGCUAAGACAUCUGUGUUGUUUUUUUUUUAGAUUCAGGAACUCUUAGAUCAAUCCAAGCUAUAACUGCUGCCUUUUUUUAACGAUUUCAUGAAUCUUGCAGACAAAACAUUUGGUGUGUGGGUGCUGGCGGGGUUGUGUGUGUGAGUGUUUGUGCAUGUGUGCAAAAGGAAUAUGUAGUUGGCCCAUAUGAUACAUUUCGUUUUGAUGUAGCUCACAGAGACACGACUGUUUCCCUGGUGUAUAAGUCAUAGCUUUGCAGUCAAUCAUAUCAUAUGAUAUUGUCUAGGGGAAGAGAAAUUCCCAUGCUAAAUUUAUGGUCUUAAAAGCUGCAUUUUUGACCACUUAACGACCACCAUACCACUAGGGGGCAGCAACACAGCCCUGAUAUAGUCAGUUCAGUUGCUUAGGGCUAAUUGUCUAUUUUCUCACUACCUGAUGAAUGUAAAUCCAGUAUUCACUCGCCUUUUGUGCUUAGUGUGGUCCAAUAACUGAAAAAAUAUCUGUCACAUUUGUUUGCUUGUUGUUUGACUUUCUUCACCAGCAUACAGAUGGGAUGUGUGAAAUGGCUUCCUGCUCGUUUUUAGAUGUGUGAUUGGUGAGAGCAAUUAGUAGUCUACAUGGAGCGGUGAACCAAAACAAUGAGCCACACAACGGUUCAGAUUCAGGUGUUUCAAAACAUUAAAAUGAACAACUUUCAUUUUUAAAUGGCUGUCAGAUGAAUUCUCCAGGGUAGGAAAGUGGCUCAGUGGGACAUGUGACAUUGCCUAAAUAAAAUUUAAAAAAAAGAAAUAGGAUAGAUAAAGGUAAAAGGUUAAAGAAAUGCAUUCAGUCAACGCACAAGCCAUUUUGCCUGUUUCUCAGUUUGACACUGAGCAGUACCAGCCUUUUGCCUGUACAUAGAAGUACAGCUGCCGUGACUCCGGCUGAUCAUUGUUGUAUAGCUUUGUCACCAACCAGAGUGGCUGCCAGAGGACAGAAACAUGUCAGCCACAAACAAAAUUGACUUGACUUUAUGCUGGCAGCUCAUGGCUGAAGUUCCCAUCAUGCCUGAGAGUCUAAUUGGUAGAAACACAUUAAAACACUGGCUACAUUCACACUGCAGCUCAAAUUACACAGUUAAGAUAUCCCCCCCUAUCACAUGUGACAUAUCAGAUUUUUCUCUGAGUACUGUGAACAUCAAAAACUUCCACAGCCGCAUUUGCUUUCUUGCUCCCAUGGAUUAUAUGGUCAUAUAAGAAAUCCUUUAUCUGAACUCUGAAAUCACGAUUAAGUUUUGCAUUUUCAAUCUGAGACAUUUAGUAUACAUUUGGCUACAUGGCACCUUUUCUGAGCAGUGUGUUAGCACGUAGGGCAACACGGCGCAACUAAGGAAACAGAUCGCAGAGUCCUCAGUUUAGUCCAGAUGUAUGGAGCCAAAGAAAGGUUGUGGUGAUUAGAAUUUUUAUCAGUAACUGUAUACCUUUUUUAUUGUGAAAUUUAACCACUGCUGAACGCUUUUGUUAAAUACCACUGAAUUUAUAGCACUGAAAUAUUUUUCUUUACAAUCUAUCUGAAUUUAUAUGGUUUGAAUUCCCCUGUUUUGAAGUAAAUUUUUUUGAAAUUUCAAAAAUGAAAACAUUGACACAUCUAGACAGAAAAUUCAAGUGUUCAUUUGCUCAUCUGAACUGCUAUUUCUUGGAUCACAUGACUGAUGUAACCUGACAGGACAGAGGUUUGAUCAAUUCCAUUCAGGCUCGAUUACUUAUCUUUGGUAGUCUGAACUACAACUUGAGCAACUUGACUUUUUGAUGUGAACUUUUAGAUCUGCAAAAUGACUGAAUUUGAGAAACUUGAAUAUAGUAGGAGGUGGGGGUUGCCACGGUAGCGGUGGGGGUUGCCACGGUAGUGGCGUGGCUCUAGGGAUUGGCUCUUGUCGGGCGGUCAGUGAGGCAGUCCACCACUUUGGUCCAGACUGAAAUAUCUGUGUAAGUAUUUGAUGGUUAGCAAUACCUUUUUGCACAGGCAUUCAGUGUCCCCAGAGGAUGAAUCCUAACUUUUUAUCUAGCUCCACCUUCAGGCUGAAUUCUAAUCACUUUGUUGAUGCUUUAAAUUUUCAUCCAUCAUCAGGUCCAAUAUGCAGUUAUCCAACACUUUUAUGAUCAAAUACCUGCAGACAAAUAACAUGCCCAUCAGCCUCAGCACUUUUUGUUUAGUGCUAAUUAGCAAAUGUUAGCAUUCUAACAUGCUAAACUAAGACGGUGGCCAUGGUAAACAUUAUACCUGCUUAACAUCAGCAUGUUAGCAUUCAUCGUGAGCAUGCUGACAUUAGCAUUUAGCUCAAAGCACUGCUGUACCAAGUACAGCCUCAGAGCUGCUAGCAUGGCUGUAGACUUUUGUUAGAUCUGCAAAAGGACAUUCAAUUUGAGCAACUUGAACAUAUAUAUAUAUUUGUGAACCCUUUUUUAAAAAACUAAUUGCACAACUGGAAGUUAACUAUUGACAAUUUCAAAGAGGGGAAUUCAAACCACAUGCAUUCUAUCCCAAAGAGGAGAAGCAAAGAUGCAAAAAUCCCUACUCUGCUUCUGUCACUUCCAUUUCAAGUCUGUGUCAGAUUUGGGUUACAUCCCAGAAUAGAUAUUCAGGCAAUUCAGGGUUGAGAAUCAAGACCUGCUUUGUGAAUGUAGCCUAUAUUGUGCUAGUCAUGGCAGACUUCUCAGAGUUUAGUAUUUUCUGUUUUUCACAAGUCUAAUAGCUUGAUGUUCAUUGUUUUCAUUCACCGCUCCUGUCACACAAUUCUCCAGCAGUAUGAUCAUGGAGGGAAUACAAUUGACCCAUCAUCAGUGUGAAACCUAACUGAGCCACAGCUCACCACAUCAAGAAAAUGUUUUAUUUUAAAUUAUUUUGUCUCUUUUCUAUCCAGUUUCAGCUAAUCACAAUCACCCUCUCUUAUUUCCAACGGCUCUUCUGGGGAUAUUUCUUAAACAUUGUAUGCAAACUUGAAUAAGCAUUUUUAUCUCUAUGUGCAAUACAAUAGACAUAGACCUCAUAUAAUUUUUGUUUUGUUCUUCUGACUCUACAGAUUUCAUAGAGCACCAGCUAUGAGUGUUGUGAAAGAAAUGUCGGAGUGCAGGUACACGCCUGCUAUAAUCUGAUGCCUGUGUCAACUGUUUCAAAUGUUCAUGUUUGUCACUUUGAAAUGUAUUCCAAGCUGUCGUCUUGACUGUUCAGAUGGGCUCUCACCUUUCACAGAGUAAAUAUCUAAACAUUAAAAAUGCCUACACAACUUUUCACUCCCAGUGUCCAUUUAGCACUCUGCCCUGCACGCCUCAACCGUGAAGGUUAGGGUGUCAUUGAGCCUCAGGGUGGGGAAAAGCUCUGUUGACAACUUUUAUCGAUAGCGUCUCCUGUUAGUGUCCUUGCUGAAGUGAGCCAUUGGUGGGUGUUUGUCCUCAUGUCCCUGUGCUUGUCCUGAGUUUCAGCUCAUUUUAGUAACAAGCAGUGGCCAUAGUUUCAUGUCAAACUAUAAGGUACAACAUAUUGCUACAAUGUAAAGGGCUUAAGGAACUUUAAGGUGUCCCUCAGUUUGCAACCUUCAGAGAACUCCAGAAGGAACCCCCUCAUUGAGAGUAGCAAUUACCAAAACCAAUCCCAUUCCCACUAGCAAUUCAAUAUGGAGGGUCACUCCAUAUGACGUCACACUCACAUCUAAGGAGAGCUCUCUGUUUUAAGGGAAGGGCAUACAAAUGUAUAAUAAUGUGCUGUUUCUUGUUAUUCUGCUAUGAAAUAGAUGAGAUGUUCUGUUUUUCAUUGAUGCGUGCAUAUUUGGAAGAAGGAAGGAAUUUUUAAAAAAUGUUAUUAUUUUUAAUUUGGCGAAACCCACCAUGAGCAGUCAUGGUUGUAGCAACAGUUUAUCUCCAAAAUAAUAUUGGAAGUAGCCAGAUGGAACUUUAAUUUAAUGUGUGUGUCCCCCCCCCCCCCCCAUUCUCCAACACUUCUAUUUAGAUGUAGUGGAGUAUGUUGUCCCUGACUUUAGCAUAUCAGACUCAUCGUCAGACAGGUCCCCUCCUGCUUUUUCAACCUCCAGCUAACAGUAAAUGAAUAAGGGGGGAAAAAGAGGGUUUAAGAAAGUUCCGUUAUUUCCUUCAUCUGUUUCCUUAUUUUACUGUGUCUGCAGCAACUUCACCUCAGUUAUGAUUUUGAAGUUAAAGUUUAAGCCCACCGAUUCAGCCUGCAAGUUACGCCUCUCAUUUUAGUAAAGACUAAACAGAAAAUUGUUUGAAUAGUUUCAGUUAAGCACCAACAUUUUUUAGGGAGAAGUGGCAAGGAGAGGUGCUAAGUACUGCUCAAGGUGACUUUAUUCAGAUUUCAGACAUUUGAAGGAGACAUUAAUUGUAUAAAAUAGGAAGAUUUUGUCAAAAAGACAAAACAACUCAAGGUCCACUUGCAGAGCUUUUGACUGCAUCUUCCUGAAUUUUGAGCACAUGUAAGACUUGACUUAGAAGAAAACAGGUUGCCUGUAUGUCGUCAUGCACAGAUGGAACUGAAUUGCAUUUGAAGUUGAUUAAGCUGGUUAUAAAAGCCAUAAUAGGCCAAACUGUCCCUUAGAAUGUGUCUGUAUAUUUAGUAAAAAAAAAAAAAAAAAAAAAAAUUAAGUCAUCACAUGGACAUUGAUGAUGAAUGACACCCACAAUUUAUUUUACAGUUGGAGUGUUCAUUUAUAUGCUGAUUUAAUUUUCAAUCAUGUUUUUAAACUUGAAUAAAUUUUAGUGUGAAGAAAAGA